UGGAGGUCACGUGGCCAGUCGCUAGGGACAGAGGCACGUCCUGUACCUCGGAUUGAAGCGUCGCGAGCUGCUGCUAUCGCUAGUUUGAACAAAAUGGCUGCAGAGGCACCACUAACGAAAGCCCACUGAACGGUAGGAAUUAUCAUCGACGAUGUUUUAAUGGAUAUCUUGGAAAUACACCCUCUCCAAAUAUUGGAUUUUGCAAGAAUUUGCUCUCUUGGAUUCCUCUAUUUGCGAGUAUUUCACAGUCGCGUGCUGUAAAACAUAUUUUUUUGCACUUUAAAAAUGUCAGCUUAUCAAAGACAAGCCGAGAGAAGAAGCAGGGAACACGAGACCAGAACCAUUUGAUGGAAGAAAAGAAAAAGAGGAGGCAAGAAGAAAAGAAAAAGAAGGAAGCUGCUCAGAAAAAGGUCACUGAACAGAAAACCAAAGUGCCAGACUCAGCCAAGCCCGGCCCCACCCCUCCUCCUCCCCCCGCCAACCCCAGUGCCACCCCGUCUGUGCCCCCCACCAGUGGCAGUAAUGGCAAGCGCGCCCCUUCCAGUGCCCAGCAGCAGUCCCAGCCCUCGCCCGCCCAACAGCGUUACCCGCCAAGAGAGAUCCCUCCGCGCUUCCGCCAGCAGGAGCACAAGCAGCUGCUGAAGAGGGGUCAGCCGCUGCCCCCUGGGACCCUUCCAACUGUACCAGGACGACCCGAACCUGACUCGAGUCAGAAAUCCUCUGGUGCAUCGCACACAGAGCUGCCCCCACAGAGUGGCCCGGGAGCCCAUUAUGAGAAUCCCCACUGGGGACACCAGCCAGCCAAUCGGAGUGCCACUUCCGCCUCAGCGUCGGCCAAUCACAGUGGCUGGGAAACAGUGAUCAUCGACGAGAGCGACACCGAGGCCUGGCCCUCCAUUUCCCGCAGCAGCCAGAGCCAGAGCCAGGGCCCUGCAGGAGGAUGCCCCUUGGACACUGACCCUGUUGGUCCGGCCAGCAGCAGCAGUAUGAGCACGGCCACAGGGGCCAACGGCCAGACAGGCCACUUUCCUGCCAACUACCCCAGCAGCAAAGGAGCCAGCCCUGGGCACGGCAGCUCAGCCAAUCACCCCGGGGCUGGCAUGGUCGGCAUGGCCUCCAGCCAAGGAGCAGCCAAUCGGGGCUGGGGAUCUGGUCCCGGUCCCUCCCCCCACGGCCCUCCUCAGUCCUCUGUCGGGGGUGGGGAGGGGAAGAGUGAUGGCCCAAUGGGAGGAGGAGGCAGAGGUUGGGGCACCUCUUCCUCCACCAACUUUAACUUGAACCUGAACCCCAAUGCCAACCCCUCGGCCUGGCCCGUUCUGGGACACGACGGGGGCGGAGGAGCGGGGGGAAGCAGCUCAGGGGGAGCCAACCCCAAUCAACCCCCUUCUUCUCAACCCCCUCCAAACCUCUGCAACCCGCCAGGCACCUCUCCCGCCCAGGGGAACGGCAACAGAGGAGGAACCAUGGUGGGCGGCACCAACGGCAACCUUCCGGUAGGGGGAGGCAGCACCUGGGGAGAAUCAUCUGAGCCCCACCCAUCCUCGUCCACGAAUGUGUCUUUUAGCUCAGAACCUCAGAACCUUAACACUGAUGGACCAAAUCAUACUAGCAAGCAACAGGAGCCCCCUAUCCACAGCGUGUCCGGCUGGAGUGGCCCCUCCGGAGGCAUGGGCUCCCUGGGCCAGCCUCCUCCUGGAGCUUCCCAGCUGGUCAAUGGAGAGGAUGGCAGCUCCGUCUGGGGCAACAAUGGAGACUCCAAGUCAGUCGCCUCCUCCGCGGAGCCUUCGGGCUGGGACUCUGGGGCCGGGGGCUGGGGGAGCCAUGGAAGCAGUGGUGGUGGAACCUCUGGAGGCUGGGGAGGCCAGAGCAGCGGAGAUGCCUGGGGGAAGCAGCAUUCUGGCGAGGGCCAGGGGGGCUGGGACGCCCCCAGCUCUCCUCCCCAGCAGCCCAGCUCCUGGAGCACCCGAGCCCCUAGCACCACGGCGGCCAGCGAGGGCAGCAGUGAGGGCAUGGAUGGAGCGGGACACUCCCGCCGACAGGACCGGUCGUCCAGGGAUGAGCCUGCCCCCCUGCUCCCAGCCCCUGACCUGGACCCCAGGGUGCUGUGCAACACAGGCUGGGGCCAGACCCCCGUCCGCCAGCACACGUCCUGGGACAUGGAGGAGGCGGCACGCACGCAACGAAAGGCAGAUGCUGCCGGGACGGACUCUUGGGGAGGCUCCGGCCCCAACACUCCCACCGAGCCAGCCCAAGGGCCCUCCGGCCACGGCCCCCUUCAUCGGGCUGACCUUAAGAGCGAGGGUCCCGGGCCUGGUCCUCAGGCUGCCCCUGGCUGGGGUGGUUCCAUGCCUCCAGCCAGCCAACCCGGCUCUGGCUGGGGUGAGCAACCGAGCAGCAAGAAUCCCCCCAACGGUCCCGGGGGCUGGGGGAACCCCCCACCAGGAGGCCCCGGGCCAGGCCCCAACAUGCCCAAAGCUGGGAACCAGUCCUGGGGAGCUCCAGAGGAGAAGUCCCCAAGCUGGGAUGAUCCCCACGGCAAGGCCCCCAAGCCCCAGGGCUGGGGAGAUGGGCCCAAGCCGCCCCACAGCGGCUGGGGCAACAGCGCUGGAGGAGGGGGCAAUGGAGGAGGAGGAGGAGGAGGAGGAGACUGGAGAGAGCCUGCAGAUGGCAAGAAGAACAGUCCCACCACCAACCCUCCCUGGGAGGGAGAAGGUGCAGGAGGCUGGAAAGAGAGCAACCGAGGCUGGGGAAAACCUGGUCCGGGGAUGGGGGGAAAUGUUGGAGGAGGUGGAGGCUGGGGAGAGCCAGCGAUGGCCCAACAGCGCCCAAGUGGCCCUGCCCAAGGAUGGGGCGGCAAGCCCCAGGAGAGCUCCAACGGCAACAGCGGAGGAGUUAGAGGAGGGAGCAUGGGCGGGGCAGGAGGUGGAGAAGGGAGCAUGGGAUCCUGGGGAGGCCCUGGCCCCGUGAAGCCCAGUGUAUCAGGCCGGGAGGGCAACGGGGGAGGAGGGAGCAAGCAGGACCCCUCAGGAGGAGAGCCCACAGGGUGGGAGGAGCCUUCCCCACCCUCCAUCCGACGCAAGAUGGAGAUUGACGACGGCACCUCGGCUUGGGGCGACCCGGGCGCCUACAACAAGACGGUCAACCUCUGGGACAAGAACAACCCUGGGGGAGGAGGGCCACCACAAGGUAGACCCCCAGGGAACGCUCCAGGGAACGCCCCCGCAUGCCCCCCUGGAAACAACAACAACCACCCCCACCCACCACAUCACCCUCCCCACCAUUCUCACGCCUACCACGGCCCCCCACCACCCCUCCAGAGCCAUGGGGGCCACAACCCCCAGGGCCCAGGCCAGAACAGUGGGCCCAUGGACCCAGCCAUGCCUCACCAGGCUGCGCCUCCACCACACAGCAGACCACCCCUCAUGGGUCCAGGCUGGGGGGAGCCUUCUAGUGCCCACCCCAAACUAGAGCCCUCCUGGGGGGAGCCUGCUCCCCCUCCGGUCAGCGUGGACAACGGGACCUCCGCCUGGGGGAAACCCACCGGGAGCCAUGGGGGCUGGGGUGUGGGUGACAACAGCCCCGAACCCUACAGACGGGGCAACCCACCCCUUGGAUCUGCACCUUGCAAACCAGCCCCCAAAUCUAUGCAAGACUGCUGGGGUGGCGGAGGUGGCGGUGGGGGGGAGGACAUGGGUUUGUCUGGGGGCCAGUGGGACCCUGACGACGGGGACAUGUGGAGCAGCCAGGCCUCCCAGGAGAGCAACUCCUGGGGCAACAGACCCAGGAAGGGCCCACCCAAGGGGAAGAUUCCAGGCAAGCAGGAGGAAGCCUGGAUCAUGAAUCGCCUGAUCAAGCAGCUGACAGACAUGGGCUUCCCUAGAGAUCCAGCCGAGGAGGCUCUGAAGAGGAACAACAUGAACCUGGACCAGGCCAUGAGUGCUCUGUUGGAGAAGAAGACAGAGCUGGACAGGCGGGGGAUGGGCAUGUCCGACUACAACAACUGUCUGAUCAACAAGGGGCCAAUGGGCUGCCGGCCUCCCCUCCACUCCAAAGAGUCCUCCUCAGAUCGCUCCCCUUUCCUCGACAAGGACGGUGUUGGUAGCCUGGUGGAGGACGUCCACACCUCCUCACCGUUUAUGCCUUGUUCCCCCGGCCCCCUCGGCCUGAAACUCCCCUCCCUGCCCAGCACUGCCCUGCCUCUAUCCAGCCAGGGCCUGGGCGGCCCACAGGGCCUAGCCAUGCAAAACUUGAACAACAGACAGAUGCAGAGUGGAAUGUUGGGCAGUAGCGGUGCAGCACAAGCCCGGGCCAUGCAGCAACCUCCUCCUCAGCCGUCAGUGCCGCCUCUCGGCUCCUCCCAGCCUAGUCUACGCGCUCAAGUGCCUCAGUUUCUCUCCCCUCAGGUUCAAGCACAGCUCUUACAGUUUGCAGCAAAAAACAUUGGUCUGAAUCCUGCACUUUUAACCUCACCAAUAAACCCUCAACAUAUGACCCUUUUGAACCAACUAUACCAGCUGCAACUGGCAUACCAGCGUUUACAAAUUCAGCAGCAGAUGUUGCAGGCGCAGCGUAAUGUUUCUGCUCCCAUCCGACAGCAAGAGCAGCACGUUGCACGUACAAUCAAUAACAUGCAGCAGCAGAUCCAACAGCACCAGAGACAGCUGGCCCAGGCCCUGCUGAUGAAGCAGCAGCAGACCCUCGGCUCCCUCUCCUCCUCCGGCCUGCACCACGGCCAAGGCAAAUCAGCCCUGGACUUGUUCCCAGGCCACCCCCAGGCUCCGGGCCUACCCGACCUGCAGACCAAAGAGCAGCAGUCGUCCCCCAACUCCUACAGCCCCUACCCUCUCUCUGGACUGAAUCCUAACAUGAAUGUAACCGGCAUAGAGGUGGGAGGCCUGUCCAUGAAGGAGCUUCCCCAGCCCCAGUCUCGCCUCUCCCAGUGGACACACCCCAACUCCAUGGACAGCCUCUCUGGAGGCUCAUCCUCUCUGGAGCCCAACCUGAACAAGCACGGUUCCAACCUGGGCCCACCCGGGAAGCCCCCCCAAAUGGAGGAUGGGUACAGCCCCUACGGCAUGAUGCCUGGCUCCGAGUCCCCCACCAACCCCCUGGUGCCCCCAGACAGCUGGAGCCAGGGCAAGAGCCCCAACGACAAGAUGGUCAACGGCACCAACAUCACCUGGCCUCCAGAGUUCUGCCCGGGCGUGCCCUGGAAGGGCCUGCAGAACAUCAACCCGGAGAACGACCCCAACAUGACCCCGGGGAGCGUUCCCAGCGGCCCCACCAUCAACACCAACAUCCAGGACGUCAACCGCUACCUGCAGAGAGACCGCAGCGGAGGCUCCUCCCCCACCUCAUCUCAGAACGAGGCCCUGCCCCCCUCCACCGAUUGGCCAGUCAGUGCCUACUCUAGCUCGUUCAGUCUGUCGUCCCCGGAAACGGACGACCCAGGUAAAUUGUCGGACAUGAAGUCCACCUGGUCCCCGGGGCCCAUCUCCCACCCCUCCCAGGUCUCUCUGUCCCAUGAGUUGUGGAAGGUCCCCCAGGGGCCCCGCAGUAACACAGCCGCCCCCACACGGCCCCCUCCGGGCCUCACCAACCCCACCAAGCACUCCUCCACCUGGGGAGGCAACUCCCUGGGCCUGGCCCAAGGCUGGAGCAGCUCCUACUCCUCAGCAGCUACCACAUGGAGUACAGACAGCUCCAACAGGACCAGUAGCUGGUUGGUCCUGAGGAACCUCACUCCCCAGAUAGACGGGUCCACCCUGCGGACGCUAUGCAUGCAGCAUGGCCCCCUCAUCACAUUCCACCUCAACCUGACCCAGGGCAACGCAUUGGUGCGCUACAGCUCCAAGGAGGAGGCCGCCAAGGCCCAGAAGUCCCUGCACAUGUGCGUUCUGGGUAACACCACCAUCCUGGCAGAGUUUGCUGGGGAGGAAGAGGUCCAGCGCUUCUUUGCACAGGGCCAGCAGCUAGCCUCAACCACCAGCUGGCAGGCUGACCCAGGCGUCAAUCAGACGCGGAUGGGCAGUUCCGGGCCCAGAUCCUCGCACCCCAUUGGCCACCCCCACUGGAACUCUGGCGGCAGCAGUGGCGGCAUGGGAGGAGGUGGAGCCAAGACUGGUGGAGACCUGCUGUGGGGGGGUGUGCCCCAGUACUCCAGUCUAUGGGGACCGCCCAGUGGAGAGGAGGGGCGGGUCAUGGGGAGUCCUACUCCAAUCAACACGCUGCUGCCUGGGGACCUGCUGAGCGGGGAGUCCAUGUAGGACCACGUCACAGAGCUCCAUGCUAGAAAAAGGAGGAAUGGAAUACUACACAGUACUACACAUAUACAUAUAUACAUGUAUACAGACAGAAGAGCAAAACCAAGCAAAUCAAUGUGGUGAUAAUCAGUGUGGGUGGGAUGAUCGAGGGACAGACUUGAGGAGGACGAGGUGACUCUUCUGUGUCCACGCUGCUCACCCUCUUCCAAUUUUUCUGUUUGUUUAAAAAGAAAAAAAAAACAUUUCAUUUUAGAUUUGUUUGGCGAGAGGCUCGGGUUACAGUGUUUUAUGUUUGGACUUUCGGAAAAGCACGAGUAUGCCUUUGACUCAACCAACAAAGGAAGAGAAACAUUUGAACUUUACUCUGAGAACUGUUUGUCAUGUGAAACGUGUAUUUUAGACUAACUGCUUCAAACAACGAGCUGCCAUCUUCAAAACUCCCAUAAUCCCUUGCUGCCUGGCAGCAGUCAAUCCACACCUCAGAGAAACCAUAGAUACACAUCAUUCCCAAAGCCCAUCCCCUUCCUGUCGGGAAGGUUCCAGAACUUUCUACCAGUCCGGAAUUUCUCUUGUUUGUUUUUUCUCAGCACUAAUUACUAGCCUUAACCUCCCUCCUGGCCUGGUUCCCCUCCUUUAUUCACUGAUUCUCACUCACUCUGUACUUACUGAAGAAAACGUACUGAGAAUUGCACACUCAUUUCUGAGCCAGCGAAACCCGAGGGGAGAGGAUGUGCUUGUAAGAGACUGAGGCCACAGCAGCUCUCAACUGGAAGCCUCGGCGGUCACAAGCAUAUUAUUCAGUCUCCACCACUCUUAAAGGGAUUGAUGAUGCAAACGCAAAAAAUCUUCGCCUUGUUCAUUUUAAAGCCAUUUUUGUCAUGGAGUUUUGUUUCCCCGAAACAUUCGCAAAAUAAGCGAAGAGAAAUAUAACUCCAGUGUGUCAAUAUUUCCGGGGGCGUGUGUUUACAUGUGUGUAUGACCGUCUUGUUGAAGUCUAGUAACCACUGCUCUAUGGAACUGUAAGAAAACACUUCUUUUGAAAUGCACCUCAACUCUUUUAAGGACGAACUUGUGGUCUGGUUCCCCCCUUUCUGUGACUGCGGAAGACCUCAGUCAUUACCGUGGUCCACUAAUCUCUCCUUUACACCAACACACCAUUUCAAGUGACGUGCAAUAUAAGCCACAGACUACUCUCUACUACCGUCCACCCCAAGUACUCAAAGGGUUUCUCUCACAAACCUCUUUCAAGAGCGGAGACAAAAUCAAAAACAGCAAGGACUCUCUAUAUCCACCCCCCUGGGUGUGUGAGCUGGCUGGACCCACUUAUCCGUGAAACACAAGGAUAUACAACAAGCACUUGUUAUUCAGUCUCGGACUAGGUCUUUUCUAAUCCAGCCUCACACAACAGUGACAGACUAGAGGGGUACAGGGGUAAGGAAGGGGGUGUAUGGGGCAUUAUACCAAAAUGAGACUUGUUCCUUAUCUAUCAACAAGACGAAACGAUGCAUUUUUUUCUUUCCAUUGUUGUAUUUGGUACAAAAAAGUAUGGAACAAAUAUAUAACUGUUUUAUAAGAAGAGGUGGUUUAUCAUAGCACUUAGCAAAGAGCGUCAAGCUCCUUCACUUCAAUGCCAACGAAUCAGAAGAGGAGAAGCGUGUGACACUGAAAAACUCGAGAGAAAAAAACUAAAAAAAAAAAAAAAAAGCAAUCUACUACGACGUGGCUUCUCCGUAACUCUUUAUGAACUGUAACACAGAUGUGAAACUAUUUUCAGUUUUCAGAUUGUUUUUUUAUUUUAAACCUUCCCUUUCUCGCGGUCUGUGUGUGCUACCAGGAAAGUUUCUGAAAUGGUAGCAAAAUGAAGGAAUGGAAAGGAAAGAAAGAAAGAAAGAAAGAAUGAAAGACUUUGGGCACUAUCGGGUGUGAGACCCCGAAGCACUCGCCUGUUUUCCCUUUCACUCUAUCAAAGUAAAUAUCACUGUUACAUGACUGAAAAUCUUUAGCCUUGUUCUCUGGAGACGCAACUAGAUGCUGCGGCAAUGUUCUGUGGAUGGAUUCUGCAGGGGGAUCGUCAUUUACUCUCUAUCUCUCAACCUUUUUCACAAGCCCUGCCAACCUGUAUGAUCGUGUGGCCAUUGAGUGCCUGCCUGCUGCGGAGGGGGUGGACUUCAUAGAAGCUCCGCACCAGGCCUCUGCAGCAGCUCUCACCCCACCUUCCCCUCUCCCUCCCUGGGGAGCCUCACAGACUGGUUCCCCCAGGGACCUCUCGGGCCUCUGGUGCCCAAGAGCAGCUGUCAGAACUGUCCGAUUCGUAUUAACUACUACUACUCCACUCUAUCCCUCUCUCUAUCCCUCUCUCUUCUGUUGUUCAUCACCUCCACUCUAUCCCUCUCUCUAUCCCUCUCUCUUCUGUUGUUCAUCACCUCCACUCUAUCCCUCUCUCUAUCCCUCUCUCUUCUGUUGUUCAUCA